UGCAAAUCAGAAAACUCGAAACUGUUGAAAUUGCAUAAACAAAAUAUUUUGUUUACACGCUGCAUAAUUGCGGAAGGGCGUAGAGUGUGCAUGCGCCAGGAAAUUAUAAAAUAAAACUGCAAGUAGUAAACAUUAAAUCGGCAAAACAUUAAAACUCAAAAAAUAUUGACAAUAUUACAACAAAAAAGAGGAAAAAAUUAAAUAAAAGGCAGUAUUUGCUGUAAAAAUUAAAAAGCAUUAAGCAAAAUGACGACAGCGAAAUGGCUUUGGCGCUUAACAUUGAGCGUUUUGGCUGUGUUUGCUGUGACUAUAAGUGCUGAACCACCUAAAGGAUUUGUAAGAGAAGUUUGUAAAUAUCGCAAAGGCAAAGUGAUACAACCUGUUAGCGAAUUUCGUCGUCGCUUGCAUUCCAUACGUGAGCAAAUGAAAAUUCGCGCUUCAUUGCAAGGACCUGAAAUCGACGCAUAUAUACUGCCAUCUUACGACGAUCAUUUGAAUCAAGAAGUAGCAGCACAUGAGAGACGUUUACACUAUCUGACUGGUUUUACUGGUAUUAAAGCUUUUGCUGCUAUCACACACAAAGGCGCUGCGCUUUGGUUGGAAGAUCGUUAUGUGCAACAAGCUGAUGGCGAGUUGGAUUGUGAAUGGGAUAUAUAUCGCAUGAAUGAUACCACAACCAUAGCAAUUUGGUUGGAUUAUUACUUAUAUCCGGAUCAACGUGUAGGUGCAGAUCCUCAUUUGGUGCCACAUCACCUGUGGUUAAAAUGGGAAAGGGAACUGAAAGAUAAGUUCUUGGAGCUGACAAAAAUUAACAACAAUCUAGUAGAUCUUAUUUGGGGAUCUGAGCGCCCGUCACCUAUUACAAUGCAAAUCACAGUACAGGAGCGCUUAUAUGCCGGUGAUAGAUGGGAAGAUAAAGUUUCGGAAUUAAGAAGACAAUUGGAAAGUCAUAAGUGCGAUGCUAUGGUUGUAACGUCAUUAACAGAAAUCGCUUAUUUAUUAAAUAUACGUGGCAGAGAUAUACCUUACACACCUGUCGUAAAGUCCUAUCUGAUUGUAAGUAAACACGAUAUAUUUUUCUAUGUCGAUCGUCAUAAAUUUAAUUUGGGCAUUGAUUUGCAUCUACAUACCGACUGUUUUAAUGAUAAAUGCGUACAAGUAAAAGAUUAUUAUCAAGUUUGGAAUGAUAUACGCACAUAUUCGCAGAUAUGGAAACGUGUGUUAGUCCCAGCGCCCUGUGUACAGGAUUUAGGCGCUUCAGAGGCUGUAUUUUCAUCAAUGCCUUUGCAUAUUGUUUACGAACAUAUAUCACCUAUAAUAUUUAUGCGUGCACAGAAAAACUCGGAAGAACAGCGUGGUAUGCAUCAGGCUCACGUUAAGGACGGCGCUGCCAUUUGUGAGGCUAUGAGUAAUUUAGAAAUGCGAUUUUUUACUGAACAAUGGUCCGAAGAAAAGAUAAAAUACGAAAUUGAACGUUCACGCUUAUCACAAACACAUUCAAAGGGUCUAUCGAUGCGCACAGUUAUAGCAUUUGGAGAACAUGCCUCAUAUCCAUAUUAUAUAUCAAGCAAUAUCACAGAUAUUGAAGUAACCGAUCAAAGUAUGUUAGUCAUUGAAUCUGGCGGUCAAUAUUUUGAAGGCACUACAGAUGUAGCAAGAACUUUUAUUUUCGGUGAACCCAACGCUGAAAUGAAGCGAGCAUACACAAAUGUAUUGGCAGGAAUAUUACGCUUGUCACAGCUUAAAUUUCCAUCGAAUAUAAAAUAUGCUGAAGUUGAUACAUUGGUUAGAAGUCCAGUUUGGGAUUCGAUGAUUGAUUAUCCACAAGCGACAGGACACGGUAUUGGCGCAUAUGGUGCAGUAGAAGAACCACCAAUAGCUGUGGCUUAUGGUAUGGAUAAUCCAUUUCAUUUCAAGGAAGGCUAUUUCUUCUCAAGUGAAUCCGGUUAUUUUAAACGAGGAGAAUAUGGUGUUCGUAUUAAAAAUGUACUAGAAGUCUUAGACACGAAGCGUGUACAUCCUUCAGGAGCAAAAUUUUUACAGUUCAAUGAUGUCACACUUGUGCCUUAUGAAUCAAAAUUAAUUGACGGUACAUUAUUGAGUGCGUUAGAGAAACGUUGGCUUAAUGAAUAUAAUUCAAAAAUACGGAAGUAUGUGGGUAGUGAAUUGAAACGACAAGGUAAUAUGCUAGCCUUCUAUUGGAUGAUGAACAAGACGCGACAUGUACGUGAAUAUCUUCCCGAAGAUGAAUAUAGAGCAGCAACUGGAGCUGGUGCAAGAACACGUAGCUUUUUAACUAUUACGGUGCCAGCAUUAUUAUUGGGCUUAACUGUUUUUGGAAGUUUUCUUCGUUGGUUGCUUUGAUUAAGUUUCUUAUUAAUUUCACAAGUAGUUAGUUUAAAUGUAUAACUAAUAUAUAUAAUAAAUGAAUAAUGCACAAUUAUAAUAAAAGAAAUAAUUAAAAUUAAUUAAAUUAAAUUAAUCAAAAAAUUAAUUAUAUGAAAUACUAACAAAGUACUUGUUAAAAGGAGCCAAAUUAAUAAAUUAUAU